AUGCUGGUCCAGAAACUGACCAUUUGUCUAUUCAUUGCCGGUGCCUCGGCCACGAUCGGCCGCGUGCACCUCGGCCACCACCACGUCGCGCAUCAGCGUCGCGACACGCCCACCAACGCUGCCUCGUUCGCCAAGUUGACCAAUGCCCACCAGGAAUGCCAGUCGUACGGCGACGACACGGUGACCAAGAUGAUCAACCAGAACGAGUUCCCCAAGCCGGACCACAUUGCCGGCAUCCUCGACGGUGACAAGGAUGCACACGCGCUGUACAACGAGAUCAAAGACAAGAUCCCCAAGGCCGAUGUCCGCAAGGGCACCAAGGACCACCGCGGCUUUGCCGAGGACAAGCCCAGCUACCCCGAGUCGGACCCCGACUGCUGGUGGUCGAUGAGCGGCUGCAACAAGCCCAAGCACGACAACAUCAUCCAGGAUGUGACUCAGUGCAAGGAGGACAGCACCUGGGGCCUCACCUUUGACGACGGUCCUUUCUGUGCCCACAACAAGCUGUACAACUUCCUCCAGGAGCAGAAGCUCCGUGCGACGAUGUUCUACAUCGGCUCGAACGUUCUCCAGUACCCCUACCAGGCCCAGCGCGCGAUUGUCGAUGGCCACGACGUCUGCCACCACUCGUGGUCGCACCGUCUGAUGACCACGCUCUCGAACGAGCAGGUGUUUGCUGAGCUCUACUACUCUGGCAAGGUCAUCAAGAAGGUCAUGGGCGUGACCCCCCGCUGCUGGCGCCCCCCGCAAGGUGACGUCGAUGACCGUGUCCGCUACAUUGCCUCGGCUCUUGGCUACCGCACGAUCAUGUGGAAGGAGGACACGGACGACUGGAACAUCCAGCCCGCGGGUGAGCUCACGGAGGACAAGGUCGACAGCAACUACCGCAAGAUCUUUAACAAGGCGGACAAGGAGUCGCCCGUCGUCCUGACCCACGAGAUCUCCUCGCACACGAUUAACGAGUUCAUCAAGAUGUACCCCGAGAUGAAGAAGGCCUACAAGCACGUCGCCCCCGUUUCGGUGUGCACUGGUGUGCAGAACCCGUACCCCGAGGACAUUACCUACCCCACCUUUGACGAGUACACCUCGGGCAACAUGAACUACCAGGGUCUGCCGAGCGGCAACAAGAUCAAGGCCGACGACUCUGCAUCGUUCAAGCCUGUCCCGAUCGACCAGGAGAAGGGCGGCUUCGGCCACCCCGGCCAAAAGGCCGCGAGCUCCAAGAGCAGCUCGAGCGCCGCUUCGUCGUCGUCCUCUUCGUCGCACUCUGCGAGGAGCACGAGCUCGGACUCGACUAACGAUACGGCCUCGGAUGCUACGGACGAGUCGACCAACUUCUCGGGCCAAGGCUCGAACAGUGCCGCGUCGCUCGUUGUGCCCGUGAUUGGGCCCCUGGCUGCUGUGGUUGGUGCUCUGAUCAUGUAA